GCCCACCACUAAGCUCCAGCUUAACUCUCCCUCCCUUCCCUCUCUCCUCGCCGCCUCGUCUCCGCGCCUCUUCGUUCCUCUCUUCUUCUUCUAACCCUAAGCGGAGAGACCUAAUCUUGGUCUCGUCCUCGAAUUCUCGUCUUUCUUCGCGGCAAUGGGCGUGUUGGAGGAAGCGCGCGGAGGAGGAGAUGCGGACUGAGGAGAUCUAGUGGGGCCGCGAUGGGGAAAUCCCAGGACGAACAUCCGGCGCCUGCGCCGCAGAUUUUCCCGCCGGAGGGUCACGAUGGUAAUGCCUGCGACGGUUGCCCGCGCUGCCGCUCGAUCGGGCGGAUAGCGCGGCCUCGCUGCGUCACCACGCUGGUUCUCGCCGUUGCGAUUCUGCUGUUGGUCGUGUUCUGGUUGCCGCCGUUCGUGAGGCGGUACGAGGGCGCUGGCCGUCCAGAUCCGGACCCGCGGUUCUCAGCUGAUGUUGUUGCGAGUUUUAAACUGCAAAAACCUGUUGGUUUACUAAAUUCCAAUAUCGGAAAACUGCAACUUGACAUCUUUGAAGAAAUCGGUGUUCCUGAUUCCUCGAUAGCUGUAAUUUAUCUGGAACCUUUGGAUGGAUCAAAUUGGACAAAUGUGGUUUUUGGAGUUUGGCCUUAUCGAAAGAACUCAACUUUGUCAUCAACUGGGCUAAGCAUUCUCAGGUCUUCCUUCAUGUCCUUGGUCAUUCAGCAGUCAACUCUUCACUUGACUACAACACUGUUUGGGAACUCGUCGUUCUUUGAGGUGCUCAAGUUUCCUGGAGGGAUCACCAUAAUACCUCUCCAAAGAGUUUUUCUUUUGCAAAAUGUGCAAAUGCUUUUCAAUUUCACUUUAAACUUUCCUAUCUAUCAAGUCCAAGAUAAAGUCAAUGAACUGAAGGACCAGAUGAAGGCUGGGCUACUACUAAAUUGGAAUGAGAAUCUAUAUGUUCGAUUGAUAAACUUGGAAGGCACAACAGUUUCUCCUCCAACAAUUGUUCAAACAUCAAUUGUACUUGCAGUUGGGAAUCGGCGGCCCUCCCUUCCACGGUGGAAGGAGUUAGCUCACACAAUCCAGAACUCUUCUGUUGGAAAUCUUGGACUAAAUCACACAGUAUUUGGUAGAGUAAAGCAAAUACGUUUGUCCUCUUUUCUUCAGCAUUCCUCAAAUAACGGAAGCAAUACCAGUUCACCACAUCCAUCUCCUCAACCAAACCAUCAUCUGCACCACCAUCAUCAUCACCAUAAGCACCAUUUUCCUGUGGAUAAUGCACCUGGUCCUGCUCCUCCUGAUACUGCUCCACGACAUGGUUAUGAAAUUUCACCUUCUGGUUGUGGAUGUGGAUUUUCAAGCAAACCAAAAGGCAAGGGUUAUUCAGCUCCAGCUGCUGUGCCUGUUGAUGCUCCAAAGCAUUCUGCUGCACCAGCAGCUGUUCUGGGGUGUUCUUACAGGCCUGUGGGUGCUCCAAUGAGUGCUCAAAAUCAUUUACUUGCUCCUCGUGCACAUGAAAAUCCGCCUGUUCCAGCUCCAAGCAGGAUUUCAGCAUCUCCUUCGCCUGCUGUUUCUUUUAUGCAUGUGCCACCUCCUAGUAAGAGUGUAAAAGAUACUGAGCCUCCAGAUCGUACGCCAUCAAUUUCACCUGCAUCAUAUUCAUCUUCUGGGUCAGGCAAGUCUUUUGCCCAUUUGGUCCUCGUGCCAUUGUUGUAUUUAUCGAGUUUGUAAUGACGGAGGAUAGCUCUUGCUUUUGCGGAACGGAAUCAGACCAGUCGAUCUACAAGCUGAGAAAGUGGGCCGCAGCGUGUGAUACGAGACCAGAAAUCAGCAUGUGGAUGUCGCAUAGACUAUGCGCCAUGUAUUCAAAUGGUGGCUCUUAUUAAUGUAUAUAUAUGGAUAAACGGAGUUGACAAAUAUGUUCUCCGGUCAAAGCCACGGAGGUGGCAGGCCAUGGUUAGGUAUGUUGUCUUGCUGCUAUGUACUAUUCCCACGAAGUUAAGAAAUGUAAUUUUCUCCUAAUAAUUUCUCAUAUGUUCUCA